CUAGCAAGCGAGAACCAGAAAAGAUUCUCUGUGGGGAAGCAAUCCUCUUUUUUUUUUUAUCUUUCUUCCUUCUCUUUGCUUCUUCGCUUUCUUCAAUUAAUGAGAUCGGGUCUCUCACCCAUCCCUCUACCACUCUCUUUCAACUACUACUACUACUACUAAUCUCAUUCUCAAUCUCAAUCUCAAUCUCUCUCUUUCGCACUCUUCCAUAGUCAUUGUCUGCGUUCAUGAUCCCUCCUCCUACUCAAAGCUCACGGUCCAUACAUCAUCAUUGACCAAGAUUCGAAGAAAAGGUUUUGCCCACAAAAGAGUAUUUAAUAUAGAAAACUAAAACUUGUGUUAAAGCUCUUUGAUUUGACCAAAUCUGUUGCUAAAGCUUUUCCUUUGGGGGAUCCCGGUUUUGGUACAAAAGGAGAAGUCUUUUUGUCCUUUUUUCACAAUCUCUCUCCGAUCAGAUCCAUAGUGUAUGCUUGCAUUGACCAAUGGGGGCUUGUGUCUCUAAGAGUACGUGUAGCAAUGAAGAGUCUAUGCAUCGACCGUGUCUUGGGAUGGGAUGUUGUGGGAGCAAAAUGGGGAAGGGAGCUUUUUCAGACCGCAUCGUUUCGCUUCAUAACUUGGUCUCUAUCCCGAAUCGAAUCAUCGGCAAUGGAAAAAGCAGGAGUUCUUGCAUUUUUACUCAACAGGGACGCAAGGGUAUUAAUCAGGACGCCAUGAUCGUGUGGGAAGAUUUUAUGUCGAAAGAUGUUACCUUUUGCGGGGUGUUUGAUGGACAUGGUCCUCAUGGUCAUCUUGUUGCUCGUAAAGUGAGAGACUCAUUACCUGUAAAGUUGCUGGCUCUCCUAAAUUCCACUAAGUCGAAGCAAAGCGGAUUCACGGGAACUCGGACAAGCAAAUCCGAUAGCCUAGAAGCUGAUAAGGAAGAAUCUGCUGAGGAGGAUAAACUGAAUAUCUUAUGGGAAGAAGCUUUCUUGAAAUCAUUUAAUGCUAUGGAUAAGGAACUGCGAUCCCAUCCUAAUCUAGAAUGCUUCUGCAGUGGAUGCACUGCUGUUACAAUCAUUAAACAGGGGUCAAAUUUAUUCAUGGGAAACAUUGGGGAUUCUCGGGCGAUACUUGGAUCCAAAGACAGCAACAAUUCGAUGGUCGCAAUUCAGCUCACAGUUGAUUUGAAGCCUGACUUACCAAGGGAAGCCGAGAGGAUCAAACAGUGUAAAGGUCGUGUCUUUGCACUACAAGACGAGCCAGAGGUGUCACGAGUGUGGCUACCAUUUGAUAAUGCUCCUGGAUUAGCCAUGGCUAGAGCUUUUGGUGAUUUCUGUCUGAAAGACUACGGUGUGAUUUCUAUACCAGAAUUCUCUCACCGUAUUCUUACAGAUAGAGAUCAGUUCAUUGUCUUGGCUUCAGAUGGAGUUUGGGAUGUGCUAAGCAACGAAGAAGUGGUUGAAGUCGUAGCAUCAGCUUCAAGCCGGGCAUCAGCGGCUAGGCUCGUGGUAGAUGCAGCUGUACGGGAAUGGAAACUUAAGUACCCAACUUCAAAGAUGGAUGAUUGUGCAGUUGUGUGUUUGUUUCUAGACGGCAGAAUGGACUCAGAGUCAUCAGAUAACGAAGAACAAGGCUUCUCUUCAGCAACAAACGCAGUAGAAUCAGAUGAAAGCCAGGGAGCGGAACCGUGUCUUCAGAGAAACGUCACAGUCAGAUCAUUAUCAACCGACCAGGAAAACAACAGUCACAGCAAUGUGAUUGCAGAGACUGAUAAUGCAAAGAAGGAGAAAACGACGGAAGGUGAACAGAACUGGUCGGGACUAGAAGGUGUUACUCGAGUGAACUCUCUUGUUCAACUUCCUAGAUUCCCUGGAGAGAAACCGACGACUUGAGACAUGGCUUUUGAUUGUUUUCAGAACUGAUUUUAGUCAAGGAAAAAAAUUGUUUUCUGCUCAACAUAGUAUUCUCAUUAUUCUUAAAGUAAAAAUGCCUGUCGAAGCAUAUGUAAAUGUCUUAACAUGGUCUCUGCCUCAAAGCCUGUGGUUUUAUGAACUCUUGAAAAA